AUGAGACACACAGAAGCAUGUUGGAAAGAUACAUGCAUGAAUUUACUUGGAGGAAGAAAAAUAAAUUCCCUCUUUGAAACUUUAAAUAACGAAAAAGUUCUUAUUGCUGAUUUAAUCGACGAAAAUCAGUCAAUAAUAGGUGGAGAAGAAGUCGUCGUGGAAAUUGACGAAACAAAAGUGGGCAAAAGAAAGUAUAACAAAAGCCACCGUGUUGAUGGAGUUUGGGUUGUCGGAGGCGUCGAAAGAACGAAGAAAAGAUGUGUUUUUGCUGUUAACGUUGAAAAACGGGACAAUAAAACACUUCUAGACGUUGUUAAGAAGCAUGUAGCUACUCGGCUCAAUCGUACACACCGACUUCUGGAAGUGAUACAAUAG